UCGUGGACUGUACCGAGGACCAGCGCUAGCCUGACUUGCUGCGGGGCAGCUUCCCUGUCGGGCUGCGGCUCAGCGGCAGAGCAUCUGCUUUGCAUGCAGGAGGACCCAGGUUCGGGGCCCAGCGCCUGCAGGUACUCACAGCUUGAGCAAAACGUGUGAAGUAUUUCAGUACAAAUGACUGUCUACAGUUCCAUCAUAUAAUCAAUGUUACAGUGAAAUUUAAUUUGACAGAUUAUCUGGACGGAUUUUAUUUUUCAUAUAAAAGUUAUCUCUCACCAAGAGCAACAUGCAUUAGAGGAAAGUAACCUGCUGGUGCAGAAGAAACAUUACAAUGAAUAGUGAAGAAGAAUUCUAUGAUGCCGUCACAGGCUUUGAUUCUGAUAAUUCUUCAGGGGAGUUUUCAGAAGCAAUUCAUAAAGUCGAUGUGGAUGCCCACCAAAGUAAUAGAACUGGAAGACACAAUGGCGAUGGACCAGUGCAAGAGAAUGGAAUCAAGAAACACAGAACAUCAUUACCUGCACCAAUGUUCACUAGGAGUGAUUUCAGUAUCUGGAGUAUCUUAAAAAAAUGCAUUGGACUGGAGCUGUCUAAGAUAACCAUGCCCAUUGCCUUCAAUGAACCCCUGAGCUUCCUCCAGCGGAUAACAGAAUAUAUGGAACACACAUACCUCAUUAAUAAAGCAUGCAGUCAUUCAAACUCGGUAGAAAGAAUGCAGGCUGUUGCUGCUUUUGCAGUUUCUGCUGUAGCCUCUCAGUGGGAGAGAACUGGCAAACCCUUUAACCCUCUUCUUGGAGAAACAUACGAAUUAAUCAGGGAGGAUUUAGGAUUUAGGUUUAUUUCUGAACAAGUCAGUCAUCACCCACCUAUCAGUGCUUUUUAUUCAGAAGGCUUAAACCAAGACUUCAUUUUUCAUGGAUCAAUUUACCCUAAACUGAAGUUCUGGGGGAAGAGUGUAGAAGCAGAGCCACGGGGAACAAUAACAUUGGAACUCCUAAAACAUAAUGAAGCUUACACAUGGACUAAUCCUACUUGCUGUGUACAUAAUGUAAUUAUUGGCCAUCUCUGGAUAGAACAGUAUGGAACAGUAGAAAUUAUAAAUCACAGUACUGGAGAUAAAUGUAUCCUUCACUUUAAACCAUGCGGUCUGUUUGGGAAAGAGCUUCACAGAAUAGAGGGCUACAUUCAGGACAAAAAUAAGAAGAAACUUGCAGUGAUCUAUGGCAAAUGGACAGAAUGUUUGUGGUGUGUUGAUCCUUCCACUUACGAAAACUACAAGAAGAACGAGAGGAGAGGUGGUGACCAGAGGAAACCAAAGCCGAGUGAUGAUCCUGAUAAUGAUGAAGCAGAUGAUAUGCCAGAGAUCCAAGAGACUGUGCAAGUUGUACCUGGCAGUAAGCUACUUUGGAGGAUAAGCACUAGACCACCAAAUUCAUCCCAGAUGUACAAUUUCACCAAUUUUGCCGUCAGUCUCAACGAACUAGAAAAAGGCAUGGAAGAAGUGUUGGCUCCCACUGACUGUCGAUUGAGGCCAGACAUCAGACACAUGGAGAGUGGAGAAAUUGAUCUGGCUAGCAAAGAGAAAGAGAGACUAGAAGAGAAGCAGAGAGCUGCUCGUAAGGAACGUGCAAAAGAUGAAGCCGAAUGGAGAACAAGAUGGUUUUAUCAGGGCACCAAUCCAUACCUUGGGACUCCUGACUGGUUAUACUCAGGAGGGUACUUUGAUAGAAACUUCUUUGACUGUCCAGAUAUAUACUGAAAUCUUGAAUGCAGUUGCUCCUUUGCCCAGGUUCGGCAGACUUUACUCCAGUGACUCUGGCACCGCCAUGACCAGAAACCAUCCUUUUUCUAAAGCUAAAUUUUAAUGAAAAUUAUCAGUCAUCAAUGAAGGAAUUGUCACAAUUUUGAUUGCCAAAAUGUCUCCCUAAAGCUGCAACCUGAAAUUAUCAUGUUUCAGAGGAAAGUGGUUUGCACGUUUUUGUUUGAUUCCCCCUUAUUUGUCAUUUUAUUUUUGGCCAGAACUAACGCAGUGUAGCCAGAGGGGAGGCAGUACUGACUCCAACGUGUAACUUCUUAAAUAAAGAUGAUAGCCAAGGAAUUUCUUAAGUGUCAGCAGUAAGAGAUGCCUUUUAAGUAUUCUGAACUUGGAGCAACAAUGGUGAAUCGGUACGAUAGAAAUAUGCUUGUGGCCAUUGGAAAGGUAUCUAAUGAGAAUCGGAGCAACUGGAAUUAUUGGGAGUCUUCUGAAUCGCCUGUAAUUUUAAAAGUUUGACAAAUAUAGCAUUAGGCUUAACUUGCAGUUUCGGAAGCUGUUACUCUGUUCUGCCUCAAUUUUAGGGCACUGUGAUUAUCAAUGAAAUGAAGUACCUGUGAUUCCCCCGCUCCCCCAAACAAACUUCUGUAUUGAAUGUUGGGCAUGGUUUGUAGGUGUUCAUAGCAGGCACUUCCUUGUUUGAAGUUUCAGAAUGUUUUGCUUUUAAAACACAUGACACUUUGGAAAUAUUUAUAGGACCAGGGUGCUUUGUGUGUAACAUGUAAGAAACAACAUUUUUGCUUCUGUUCAGACAUACCUGCUUUGGCAGGUUGACAUUAUUCAGGAUUUUUAGGCAUAUUUACAAACACACACUCCUUUCUCUUUGGAUUUACUUGGAAUGUAUCUGCAAAAAGGUCAUGAUUUGGUGUGGUUUUUUUAAUGCUUGUUCUGAAGCACUGACUGUGUCAGGACUGAUUCUUGAAAAGCAAUUCCUUCUUGCUAACUUUUGGCUGAAGCUGGAUGAUUUAACAGAAGCUUUCAUUGAACUUUCUUGAGAGUGGAUUUAUUUUUGCAGAUUUAAACUUUGGGAAAGCCAUAUAAUCCCUGAGCUAUUUGAGUCAUGGACGGGGGAGUGUUUUUCUGGUUAUUUAUACAUUUCUAGAAGUCAGGUAAACAUUACUGACUACCUGUGGGCUUGAAGAAAAAUCAGGUGGGCAAUUCACCCAUUUUAAAACAUUUUCAAAAACAAAUGGUUAAAUUUGUGAAAUCUAUGAAAUUAGAGAGAAGCUCCUUGUGAAAUUCACUGAAAUUACUGACAUCAGGAGGGGUUGCAAGGACAAUUUAGUGAUCAAUUAUGUGGAUAUAAUAUGAGGGGCUAUAGCAUUUUGACUAUUCUAGAUUUACCACUUUAUAUAUUUAAGGUGUCCAAUCUGCUUUUCACAUAUAUUUUGAAGCAUCAUACUUGCAGAUGUCAACCCAAGACCUGAAAUUUGAAGUGAAUCUAAAGAAGUAAAGCUUUAGAGACGUUUAUUUAAAAAACAGCUGUUGGGGUUGCAUAGCUAUUUUGUUGCAGUGCCCAUGAAGCAGGAAAAUUUGACUGCAGCAUUAUUUUAGUCACAUUACAUUAAUAUUUCCAGCAAAGAAGUUCCCAUGAAAACAUUCAAGGCAAUAAAAGACACUACUGAGAGAACUGUCUUUGACUAGCGUGCCUUGUUUUUAGCACUAAACUUGAUGUUGUCCUUGGGCAUUAAUCUGCCAAGUAUUGCAGCUUCAUGUUCUUUAUUUCAGCAGGGCUUAAAACGUAUGGAGAAAGCCCUUCCCUCAGGUCAUCUGGACCACCCAGCUCGUGCCACUGUAGCUUGUAGAUUUCCCAUUUCCCUUUGCAAUGAAUGAAUACCACCUGCUUCCUAAUGCUAUGUUAAUUGUUCAUGAACAAUUAAUGCGUUGCUCAUAUUGUGCCCAGCAUUUGUCCCAGUCUUGACAGCAUUGAGUUUUUUGUUUUGUCUCCCUUUUCCCAACAGAUAGCUGGCAGGAGGGAGGGAGGGAAGAUGCCCACAUUCAAUUUCUCUCCUCUCUUCUGGCCAAUGGUAGAGGAAAAUGAAUUUUAAGCCAAUAUCUUUAUUUUUAAAAAGUUAUAGCUACUCCCACCUUGUGCAUAUAGACAAGUUGUGGCAUGCUACACUAAUGCUUGCAAGGAUUACUUUUAAUUUUGAAUUGCAGAAGAAAUGCAGUUGCCCCAGCUUAAAGCUUAAAAAUAAGUUGGCAAGGGAUAUUUUUUGCAUCUCAAGAUGAAAGACAUUCUCCAGUUUUUAAAUAUGUAACUGUUUAAAAUCCAUGCUCUAUUUCCAUUUGUAUGCUCAAUUUGAUUUUUGAUUUUUAAGGGAAUAAUUUCCAUUACUUUCAUUCUGCAUUUGGUAUACGUACAUGUAAGUCAUGCCCACAGGUUAGACCUCCUGCCCAUCUUUCCCAGGUACACUCCUGACCACAAUGGUGGUGCCUGCACAGAUCCAUUUAACGCAUAGUGGGAAGAAAAGUCGGUAGG